CAGUCACAAUCGCUUCCGCGUUCUACUUUGUACUGCUCAGCUGUUUCCGGUGCUACGAUGGCGACAGCUGUGUUUUACACCCGGUCUCUUCAAGAACUCCCAAAAUUGAGUAUGACAGAUGUCCACCGCAUCUGCAACAUGUCGAAGGUCCCAUCAUUUAAAAUGGACAAGGGUUUUAGGUUGUAUGUGGGCACGUACAUACACAACUAUGAAGUGUCCAAUAAAGACAGGAUGACAGGGCAAGUUGGCGUCAGAUCAUUGUGCUACAGGUCUAUGCUGAAGUCUGAGAUGCCACAUCGUUUAAGUAUUACACUUGGUGAUUCAACGCCAGUGGUAAUGACACAGAAGACAUGUUCCUGUGUGGCAGGCACUGCUUUAUGCAGCCACAUAGUGGCCCUGCUGUAUCAAACGGCACACUAUUCACAACUUGAAAUACCAGUGGUACCCCCUGUUCAUAGCUGCACAGAGUCAGAACAGCAAUGGCACAAGCCAAGAACUAUGGGUGUGAAGCCUGGACCCAUCAACGCCAUGGUCUUCACCAAGCCAGUACCAAAGCGAAGGGUACAGACUGGAGUAAGGAGUGGAUUCUACAGAGGCCUGGUCGGUCCAUUACCUGAUCCCUGCAUGUUCCGAAUAUCAGAAGCAUACAGUCGCUUUAGCCUUGAGGAUCAGCCACUUGUGACCACCAUGAACAUGAGGUCUGACCAGCCCCUUGUGGAAAUUGGCAUCGGGUUAGUGCAAAAGGGAAGUGUAUUGUCCUAUCAACAGCCUGCACAGAAGACCCGGUACAUCACACAUAUUCAUGACACACCACCAACACCACACUUGCUGCUGGAUGGACAUGAUUGCACACCAUCAGAUUGUGCAUUUGUAUGUACCAAGGAGCAGCAGCUUCACCUAAACAGUUUGUCCAUGUCCAUGGAAAUGGCAAACAAAAUUGAAAUAGCUACAUGA